GGCUGUUGCUCCUGCAAGACCCGGAAGUGUUGCUGUCACAGGAUGGAAAGCUUUUAGCAGCUGUUUCAUUCAAAGGUUUGCGCCUCACGGACACAUUUACUGUUAUUGUCGGAGACCGCGGUGCAUAAAAUCUGUCUUCGCUAAUCAAACACGACGUUUUCGGCGAAGGAUAAUCAUGAAGCAGUGCUGGGCUCUGUUACUUUAACCCCAGCAUUCAUCCAGGUGUCAGCUAACCGCUGAUGAAAAGUAGCCUGGCUAGCUUCGUUUUAAACGCUCUUAAAUCACCUCUGUGUGUAUCUUUAGAAUAGCCAAGGACGCCUCUAAUCAUCGGGUGGAAAAACUUUCCUGUCAAUGCAAUGAUAAAGAGUAAUUUUGUCCUCCUUCCCGGGUGCACCUGCGAUUCCUGAGUCCAAACAAAGAUGGCCGCGUCCACAGAAAGAAGUUAAAACUGUCGCAGGUUACUCGGUGAAGCUGCUGUUUUUUAUUCUCGGAUGGUUGGAUGAGUUUUUCGGGAAUCUCGAAACGCCUUCAGAAAGACAAAGAUUUUAAACGUGUUUUCAGGCAUCAGCAGCUGAUUAAGACAGAAAGAAAACACAUGUAGGUCCAUAUCCGUCCAUGUGUGCUGGACUACAUUAUAAAAACUAGCGUUUCUGCUGUUGUGUCCUUUCCAUUCAUAUUAAUCGGAGGGGCAUAAUAUACAGGCCACUAUGGAGUCACCACUAAAUGAUAAAGCUUAAUCAGCACUGGGAGUGCAACGUAUUCACUGAGCCAGUUAGUGAGCCCACAGUGGCGCUUUCACAUCUGCCUAACCAGGAGAGAUCUCAGGAGACGCUGCUGUAGUGAAGCAGCUGAACAUAAUGUUUUAUUAAUCAGACAAUUAAGUUCAUCAUAAAGCAUCUAAAUGCUGCUGCUCAUUGUGUCCCAAAGCCCUGCAAACCGGGUCCAGAAAUGCCUGUCACAUGUGUCGAUGUUCACCGUUCAGAGGCUGGGUUAGAAAGAACUAGGAACUUGCCCAGUCCCCUCCCACCUAACUUGGUAGUCUGCCCCCUUUUAUGAUGCCUCUGAAGACUGAGCCCAUAAAUUCUUCAGAAAGUGUUUAAUCAGGUGGCUUCAUAAGGGAGCAGAGUAUGAUUUUCCCUUAGACUUCUGUGCAACCAGAAGUCUUUUUGCAACCAUGGGAGUCGCCCCUGCCGCCUUUACAGCCCUGUGACUGCCUGGCGACCUGUCAGGGUGUACCCCGCCUCUCGCCCAGUGGUUUAAAAAAUAGCCGUUGCUCCUCUUUUCAUUGAUAUCGAUUUAUCUUUAGAACAUCAUGGGUAACGCUGAGAGUGUGGUGGUGCAGAAGCGGCUGGCCCGUUUCCGUCCCGAGGAGCGACCCGUGGUUGAGGGGGUUUUUGACAAGCUCCAGGGUGGUGCUGGGGGCGCCGCAGGGAAGACCAUAACGCUGGAGAUGCUGCAGUCAUCAGUGGGCAGAGUGGCACCGGGCUCGAUGGUGAGGAGGGUCUACCGGUGCAUGUCCAGCAUCGACCCUGGACUGGCAGCUCCAGCAGCCACGGGGAAGGCCGGAUACGCCGGCCCCUCUGGAGUCAGCCGAGAGCAGUUGAUCGUCUUCCUUGCAGACACUCUGCGGGGAACUGCAGAAGAACGUGCCCCCCUCGUCAUGGCCAUGUCCCAGCAUGCGGCAGGGGCGGCAGCGGUUGUCACAUGUGAGCAGGUAGUGGAGUUCCUCCAGGACCUGGUCUCUGCUGUAGUUCAGAUUUUGGUCCACAGAGGACGCCUGCAGGGCUGGAAGCCAGAGAGGAUGGGUGACAUCUCCCUGGGUGUAAAACUCCUGGCAGAGCAGAUGUGCUCUGAGCUCAAACCAUCAGAUGAGGGGGAUUGUGAUGUUUCCUGUCUGGAAGACUGGAUCUUCAGGGUACAGCAGGUAUCACAGUACCUGGAGCUGCUGGUAGCUGAGGGACUGAGUGUGUCUUUGAGCAACCGGCCAGCCCCGACGCUGCUGCCCCCCUGCAGGGAGACGCCUUGGAAUGAACUGAAGUGUCUACUGGACAUCCCCAGCCUCAUGUUUCUGGCUCCACAGCUGCCAGAUGGCUACAGCGCCCCCUGGAGGCUUGUGUUUUCCACUCGGCUGCACGGGGAGAGCUUUACCAGGAUGGUGGCCGGCCUGAUGAAGCAGGGGCCCACCCUGCUGCUUAUCAGAGACACCAAGGGGCAGGUCUUUGGGGGCUUCGCCUCCCACACCUGGGAGGUCAAACCUCAGUUUCAGGGUGACUCCAGAUGCUUCCUGUUCACUGUGAGCCCCAAACUGAGAGUUUAUACAGCAACAGGAUACAACCAACACUUCAUGUACCUCAAUCAGAACCAGCAGACCAUGCCCAACGGACUGGGGAUGGGCGGUCAGCACGGCUAUUUCGGCCUGUGGCUGGAUAGUGACUUUGGCCGCGGUCAUAGCCGGGCACGACCCAAGUGCACCACGUAUGGCAGCCCUCAGCUCUCUGGAGACGAAGACUUCACCCUGGACUCCAUGGAAGUGUGGGCUGUGGGAAAACCCCCAGAGCCCGAGGAGGGUGAGGAGGGCGGAGCUAAGAAGAGCAUCCUGGAUGUGGAUCCAGAGGCCCAGGCCCUGAUGGAGAUCACAGGGAAGACCAUGCACAGUCAGGGCCUCAGAGAACCAGAGGAUGACCAGGAGUGACUGUAAACACACCCAGCUAUAUAUCGCUUCCAUUCAUGCCCCACCCCCCCAGUCUACCCAGGUACUAAUUCAUGUGGAUUUAAAGGGAGCUUAAAGGUGGUCUGCACAGUGUGGUUUGUCACCAGUGUGCAGGUUUCAGGCCUGCUUUACAUCAGCGAGAGCACGAUGGACGUGUUCACAUUUGAGCUGCACUGGAGUGAAUUCAUUUCAUCACUAUUAAAAAACACAGAGUGAAGAAUCAGACUAAAGAGACGUAGCUUGGAGGAAUAAUUCAGGGAAUUUACAACACUGGCGAUCACAGCUUCUUUUUCCUUCCGGUAAAGUUCAUGAAGACAAGAAACAGAAACUUUGAUUACCUGUCUUACAAACUGGACACAUUCCUGGAUUUACUAUUCCUUACCAGUUAGCACAAAGUCCAAAUCCUGACUUGGAUUCUGGGCAGAUAAGCUGAGUAAUUAACAGCUUAAACAAAGACUGUGGAAUGCUGCAUCACAGCAGGCCUGUAGCGUCUGUGCAGAUGUGAUACUGUGAAUUUCACCUUUUAAGUCACGUGUGAUUUUAUGCUUCAGUGUUUUAGACUGAUGAGCAGGUCUGUGGUUGAUCAGCGAGAGGAUCAAUAAAUCUCUAUUUAAUCUGUAAUCUAAUCUGUAUUAUAUUACUUAUAAAGUGAAAUAUUUCAA